AUGGCCACCACGAGGUACGCCCAGCAGACGGAGCACCAUGACGAUGGGGGCGAGCUGUCGUACCCGCCCUUAUCAGCCGCCACGUACCAGCGACCAGAAUCACGGCAAAGGGAGGAGGAGGUGAAGGCACAACCAAAACAAAUUGAACACCCAAUACCAUCGAUGCAACAGGCUUUCUCCGAGUCAUAUCUCGAGGCCACCUUGGAGGGAGCUUUGGAGAAGCCGAAGCUACGGACCAAAGAUGCCAAGGGCCGCAGGGAGGAGUUACUCGACCAGGACAAGUCGGACGGUGCCCCGAAUGCCAUGUGGCGCUUCCGUCCCGGGCAGACGUGCCAUGAGUUGCGAAAGCUGAUGGCACAGGUCUCAUUUGGUGUUUACCUGCUCCUCAACGGGCUUGCAAAUAGUAACGCCCAGGUUGUUUCCAUCUUGCAGGGUCACAUUGAUGAGAUCGACGAGUUUCUUGAGAUGACAAUGGAAGACAUCGAGCUGGCCAACAAAGAUAUAAUGGAACGAAUCGACUACCUCAAGCUGCCCAUGGACAACAUGACAGUCUUUGCUACGAUGCUAGAGGACCGCGCCUUCCGGCUCCAGAUCGUCGAGGGCAAUGCCAAGAUAGAACACAUACUCUCCCGCACGACGACAGCCCUAGUUCAGUCGGCACAGGAUCUCAGCGAGGGCUUAAAGUCAAGCAGAGAGUUUGCAGAGUACUUGGAGUCGCAGGAAGGUGGGCCUUGGCAGCUAGGACGGAGUGCGGAUGUGGUUGACAUCUUCAAUGCAAUGCGGGGCAACACGGAAGGCUGGUUAAAGACCUUUGUCGAUUUGCAAUCAAAGAACAGUGAGCUGAACGCUCUGAUCGUGAAGCUUGAAAACAUGGUUUCUUUGAUAGAACGGACGGCGGGGAAGGUCAGCAGACGCACAAGAUUCAGCGUGCAGCCCUUCACGGCACCGAAUCCCGGUCGUCCAAUAUCACCCGAUUCCAUUGGCACCACUACUCCGCAAGCGUCGCCACCACAAAGCAAGGUUGCCGCGGCAGCUCCACGACUCACACUGAGGUUCAGUCGAAUGCCAGAGGAACGACCUUCAGGUCCGACAUAUUUUGAUCUUCCCGUGAGGAACAGCCUUUUCGGGGCUGCCACGGCACCUCCAGCUCCCGAGAUCCCAGCGCGGGCCACACGGGGCCAGUCGCUGAAGCCAGCUCCCCAUGGCCCGGACAGGUCGAGCUACCAGUCAGACUCGGAAUCGGACUUUGACCUUGACGAAAUGGCAGCGCAAUUUGGAAACUCGCGGCUUUCACAUUGUGGCUCGUCAAGGCCAAGACCAGAUUCCCAUGUUCAACCGCACUUUGCUCAUGAUGAUGAUGAUGAUGACGAUGAUGAUAGAGAUGAUGGUUCCGAGUCACCACCCCCGGUCCUUUUGCUACAGCCUCGGACUUACACUCCCGUCCCUCCUGCCCCCAUGCCCUCACCGCGCGUCACGGAAGAGCGGCAGAGCGGGUACAUGUCUAUAAAUAAACCUGCAAUCAAAAGGCUGUCGGUCACCAAGUCUUUGGGAGACUUAAGAGCCGCGACUUCUGGGGUCAAGUCGUCCCCAGCCGCUAUCAGGGCUGAGCCGAGACUCAUACAGAUUUCGCCACCACGCAUCACGCUUGAGAGUUUGCGCUCGCCUCGCAUACGGCCUCCGUCGCUAGAAAGAGAGGAUGACGGUCGUGGAAGCCCUCGAAAAUCCCAGCCCAACAAGAGAACAUCGCUCAGGGAUCGGGUAUCACUGAAGACCACCCCGCCAGAGUCGAUACACGUGCCACCGCACAACGCGCCGGAGCUGCAACAGCCCGUCUUUGCAUCGGCGCAUGAAUUCGAGAAUUAUCAGACGUUCGUUGCCCCGAGCCUGAACCAUGGUGCAGAUCGAGCUAGUGGCCGGAUCGAGAGCAGACCCAGCAACCCGACCAUCGUGACAGACUUCUCGCCGCCUGUGUUCCCGGGCGUUAUUCCCUCGCCGCAUUCGGACCAGCAGUACUUCCGACCAGUGCAGGCGAGUCCGCACUCGCCGCUCCAACAGCGACCGCACACGGCCGGCGGCCUCAACCCGCAAUACCUUCACCAGCGCAACGCCCCCUCUGCCAUGGGCAUGAGCAUGUUGAGCAGUGUCUCGACGAUGAAUCAGGAUUCUGCGAGCACACGGAGGCUGAAGAAGAAGAGGAGCGCGUUCGGCUGGCUCAAGAAGGCCUUCUCCCUGGAUGAGGAGGAGAGGUUGGCUUAUGAGGCCAAGAAGGCGCAGCAGACGCCGAACCCAUAUUACGAUGCGCGCAGCCCCAAGUUUUUGGACGGCAAGCGGAUUAGGUGA